UUCGGCCACACUAUAAGUGGGCUACCAAUUUUGUUUGUCAUCGGCAUUUAGCAUUCAAUUUAAUAAACUUUUUGAAAGUAUCUACAAAAAUGGCACUGGCUGAAAUCUGCAAAAUAUCCAACGCCCCGUACAUGAGGCCCACCGCCUGGUCGUCGGCGGAGGUAGAAGAUGACUUGAAGGGGUUGACUUGCAAUCUGGCCAAUCCAUUCACACUGGCUGCUCCGCCAUUCGAGAACCCUAUGCACAACCUUAAUCAGAUCCAAGCCAAUGCCGACAAGACCGGCAUCAAAAUCGAGUUUGAUCACGGCACCACCACCCUUGGCUUUAAGUUCAAGGGUGGAGUAAUCCUGGCUGUAGAUUCCCGGGCCACUGGUGGCCAGUACAUUGGCUCGCAGACAAUGAAGAAGAUUGUCGAAAUCAAUCAGUUUAUGCUGGGCACUUUGGCUGGCGGUGCCGCCGACUGUGUGUACUGGGAUCGCGUUUUGUCUAAAGAAUGUCGUCUGCACGAACUGCGAAACAAGGAGCGCAUUUCGGUGGCCGCAGCCAGCAAGAUCAUGGCCAACAUUGCCCACGAGUACAAGGGGAUGGGCUUGAGCAUGGGCAUGAUGUUGGCCGGAUACGAUAAGCGCGGUCCUGGUCUCUACUACGUGGAUUCCGAGGGAUCCCGCACGCCCGGUAACCUCUUCUCCGUGGGAAGUGGAUCUCUGUUUGCCUACGGUGUUUUGGAUUCUGGAUACCACUGGGAUCUUGAGGACGAAGCGGCCCAGGAGCUGGGACGCCGAGCCAUCUACCAUGCCACUUUUAGGGAUGCCUACUCUGGUGGCAUCAUUCGCGUUUAUCACAUUAAGGAAGACGGCUGGGUCAACAUCUCCAACACCGACUGCAUGGAGCUUCACUACAAGUACCAGGAGUUGAAGGAGCAACAGCAGGCGGCUCAGUAGAAUUGGAUUUUAUUAUAAGAUAUUCAGUCGAACGAAGUUUGUAUUUCUUGGAAUAAAUGAACGUGGUAGAGACUCA